UCUGUAAAGGAACGGAACAAAUUACUUCACUUCUUUAGAAAAUCAGUAAUUUUGAAACGAAGUACUUAUAUUGAAUAAAGAAUUUGAGCGAUUGGCACUUUGGUUUUUGCGUAAUAUAGGCGAAAUAUGGCUGAGAAGCAAAGUUUAGCAAUCUCAUCGGUUAAGACUGACGUUGACGGAAACGUCCCUCCUGCAAAGCGGAUCUGUAUGUCACGUGACAAAUACUGGUUGCAAUGGGACACAGAUGAUGUUGUGGAACGUCUCAAUGAAGCUGAGCUAAGGGAUGUGGCCAAAGUGUUUAAAGAGAAAGAUUAUGUAGGAGCGACAUUGGCGAAACUUCAAGAUAAGAAUGUGAAGGAUCUGUGCACAACGUCAUUGGAGAUUAAACAACUGCAGAGGUUUAUCGAAGACGUAACUAAAGACACAUCACAACACAAGGUUGUCAACGACCCAAUUCACGGGCAUAUAAAACUCCAUCCACUGUGUGUUGCAAUCAUCGACACCCCGGAAUUCCAGCGUCUUCGUUCAAUAAAGCAACUCGGCAACGGCUAUUUCGUAUAUCCAGGAGCAUCCCACAACAGAUUUGAACAUAGUUUGGGGGUAUGUCAUAUAGCGGGAAAAUUGGUGCGUGCGUUUCAAGAUCGGCAGCCAGAACUGGGAAUCACGAACAAAGACGUUCUCUGUGUGGAAAUAGCGGGACUUUGUCAUGACCUUGGUCACGGACCAUUUUCGCAUCUCUUUGAUGGAAUGUUCAUUCCCGCUUUCAAAAUUAAAAGGGAUAAACCAUGGACGCACGAAGAAGGAUCUACCUUAAUGUUUGAUCAUCUGGUGAAAGAAAACCAGCUGGAACCGGAAUUCGAUAAAUACGGACUGACAGAUAAAGACCUGGUGUUUAUCAAGGCACAGAUUGAUAGAACCAGUGAACCAGAGAUUACAGGGUCAAGUACACCAGACCAGUACUGGACUCUGAAUGGAAGGCCAAAGGAGAAGAGUUAUUUAUACGAGGUGGUUUCCAACAAGCGGAAUGGCAUUGACGUUGACAAAUGGGACUAUUUCGCGCGGGAUUGCCACAUGCUGGGAAUUCGGAACAACUUUGACCAUAAUCGAUGCAUCGAGUUUUCCCGCGUGAUUUCAGUAAAAAAAGAGGUGAUUCCAGUACAAAAAGAGGUGAUUUCAGUAAAAAAAGAGUUGAAUUCAGAAGCUGAAGAAGAGGUGAAUUCAGAAACUAAAGAAGAGGUGAAUUCAGAAGCUAAAGAAGAGGUGAAGCCAGAAGCUGAAGAAGAGGUGAAUUCAGAAGCUGAAGAAGAGGUGAAUUCAGAAGCUGAAGAAGAGUUCCAGAUUUGUUACCGGGAUAAGGAAGUGGGAAACUUAUAUGAGAUGUUUCACACUCGCCGUACGCUACAUAGUAGAGCCUACCAACACAAAACCACCAAGAUCAUAGAGACAAUGGUUACUGAAGCUCUAGUUGAAGCCAACGAUUUUAUCGAAUUUACUGGAAAAGAUGAGGAAAAAAGCAUGUCUGGGUCCAUAGAGGAUAUGAAAGCCUUCAGUCAGAUGACGGACGAUGUAUUGAACCUCAUACUUAAUUCAAAAGACGCACGUCUGGAGAAGUCACAAGAAAUUCUCAAGAAAGUGUUAAAGCGCGAUCUUUACAAAUUGGUUGGACAAAAAAAGAUUCCCGAAAAGAAAGAUUACACAGAACAGAUGAUAAGAGGGGCGAUCGAAGAGAUGGAUAAAGACAAGCCCAAAGAACAUGUCUCCAUCAAAAUAUACUCUCCAGAUGAAAAGGUCAAGCCCACUGAUAAAUAGCAGCAAUGGCACCGAGGGGUAAAACGGUCAUCCAAAUGGGACUUUGACCACUAGCAAUGAAACAAAUGUCAAAUUUCUCCCAGAAAGACAGUUACAGGAACAUAAUUGGACAGCAUUUUCAGAUACAUUGUUUGCAACAUAAUUCUCUUAAUUCUCUAAUGCUUUAUGGCUUUGUUCACAGAAAAUCCACCAGUUCAAUAUUGGGGUUACAUAAACACAGAUAAAAUGAAAGUGUUUGAACCCAUAAUGGUUCUUUAGGAAGAACUGCCAUUUCUAACUUUUGUUCAUUUCUUAUUAAUAACACCUUAUAAUAUAUGGAUACAUAGACAAUCCAUAUUAAAAUGGAAAUAUUAAAACCCUAUUGAUGUAAUCAUUGUUUUAUUUUUGUAUUUGGCAUGAAAAUAUAUCAGUUUAUAAAAUUGCAAAAAAAUGUUUUUUUUAAUUCAAUUUUGUUAUAUUUAUACAACACUUUUACUAUUUUAAACAGUUCAUUGUCAGUCUGCAAUGGGUGUGCAUGUUUUUAUAUAAAGCACGCGUUUCUUUGUGUUUUGAUAAAAAACACACCUUUAAACUGGGGUCUAUCUAAGUUUAAAUUCAAAAUUGUCAUGUUCAGGUAAUGCAAUAUUUCAUCUCACUUAUAGGUAAUUUUAAAAUGGAAAACCCCAGAUACAUGUUAAAAAACAUGUUAUGUUAAACGAACUGUCAGUUUCACAUGCUUGUUAGAGGUAGCUGUUUGUGUAUAGUUGUUUGUUGGUGUAUGUUUUUUUUCUUUGGGAAGAUGAUACAACUUUUGUUUAGUGUUUUGUUACAAUGCCCAUUUUGUUCACAACAAAGUAUGUUCGUGUUUGUUGCUUUUCUUGUUCUUGUUUAGCUUUUGUUUUUCAAUCUUAAAUGUUGUCUUGUAUGGAUUCAAUAUGAUUGUUGAUAAAUUCAAAACCACUUUUAGAUAUACUGAUGAUAUUCCAAGUUUGGAUAAUCCGGUGUUUACAGAUAAUAUUAAAUCGAUAUACCCUUCACAAUUGCAACUUAAUAAAUCUAAUACAUCCAAUUUAAAAGUAUCCUAUUUAGAUCUGCAACUCGAAGGAAGAUAAAUUGAGUUUCAAUCUUUAUGAUAAAAGUGAUGAUUUUGAUUUUAAAAUAAAGAUGGACAUGUUCCUAGUUCACCAUUAUAUGGUAUUUUUAUUGCACAGUUGAUAAGAUUCGCUAGAAUAUGUACAGAUGUCAAAACAAUGCAGCUCUCGCAGUAAACUAAUGACGGAAAAACUUCUAAAACAGGGUUUUAGAUAUUAUAAAUUAAGGAAAACUUUCUCAAAAUCUGUUAAAGGUCACUAUAAUAUUAUAUAAAAAAAAACAAUAGUAGUCUUAAAUCGCCGAUUGCUAAUUGUAUUGCUCAUCCCGAUUUUUAUGAUCAUGUUUUGAAAGAAAAUUCGUGAAAUUAAAAUUAAUCUUUUAAGCAGGUAUUUGGGCACAUAGACUCAAUGAAUUGCUUCGACUGAAUUUAAACCCUGGAUAUAAAGGCAAUACUUUGAACAGUGCUUGUCUUCUAGUUUUUGAAGAUAAAUUCCUGAAACCAAAUAUAGAAUUGAAUAUAGCAUCCUUACAUAACUAAGCUUUCAGUCCUUUGAUUUUAUGAUUUAUUUUUCAGAUUCAUGUUAUCUUUAAAACCGUCUUUGGCUGGCUCGGAAUGUUCCGGCAUUUGACGUCAUUUUCUUCAAAUAUUUUACAUACGUUAUCAUUUGGAAGAAAAGAUUAGGUUAUAUAUGUCAUGUCGCUUCUAUUUUAAAUACUGUUUUCUUUAUUUGUUCCCAGUUUUAGUACAAUGAUGUUUUUUUAUUAUGAAACUCUAUGAUAAAACAAUUUUGUUUUGUUUUAUUUUCUAAGACAGACUGUGUGUGAUGCUCAUAGUUUCAAACAAUGCCUGCAUCGUAUAUUUGAAAGGUUUUGCAUUAGGUACUCUGAUUUGUAUUCCUCCAUCUGCAGAUAAAGUUGGGAUCUCUAAUCAUUGAAGUAUUUGGGGUUUACCUAUUCAUUUAUUAUUUGUCAUAUUAUUAAUCUUCCUCAAGUUAAUGCAUACUUAAGAUAAAAUUUACCUUUUUUCUUUAUUCAGGAUUGUUCUACUUCAUUGGCGUUUUCCCUGUGCCAUAAAAAAGGGUUUAUGUUAUAACAUUUGGCUACUGAGCUUGUUUCUGUAGUUUUUUACAUAAGUAUUUAAUUCUGAGUGAGUUUUGUUGUGUGAAUAUUAAUUUUAAUGAUUGCGUUGCUGAUUUAUAUUUUAAUUAUGUUUGUCAUGAAUGCACAAGGGUGGGUGGGUGGUGUCCACUUAGUUUAUUCUUCACUAUUUACUUUUAAAUUUGGAGCUUAAGUUGUUUACAGAUUUACCUUAAAUGUUAUCAAGUUUUUAUACAAUAGUGGGAAUAAUAGUAAAAUAAUUUGUUAUACUUUGUAUCCUACCCUAUCUACCAUUCUACUGUAUUGUUCCUAUAAACAUCCGGACUUUGGGAGUGGAGGUCAUAUCCCCUGAAAUAAAUUUAUAGAUUUUUUUCAUUUUUUCUAGUGUCCAGAAAUAUUGAUAUUGUCUUCUUACAUAUUUAUGGUUAUUAGUUUCUUUCCAAUAUUAAGGUCGGGCUUUAUAGCAAGAGGGAUGCAUUAAAUGUUGAUUAGAUCUAGAACACUUGUAAACACUAAACACUUAACUUCUGUAAUAAAAUACCAACGUUUAGUGAAAACUCUUGUCUAGU